GCAGACAGAGAAAUGGGGGGACUUCCAAGUCAUUGCCUCUGGACCUACUCUACCAAAGGCCCUGUAUAAGAACCCUUCUGUGUUUCCUUCAGUCUAGGGCCCUUAAAGGUCAUAUUCUCUGGGAUAUUUGCCUCACCCCAUUCACACCACCAGCACCUUUGGGUCUGUAGUGUAUGGGGUCUGGAGCUUCCUGAAGCCUCAGGAACCCUGUGCGCUACCAUGCCCUAUCCCUGUCAGCCUCAUUGACCCAGGCACCCAACUUCAUUCCUGGUGAGAGUCAAGGGGUUCCUCUGUGGGCUUUGUUUUUCCUUCAAGUCACUAUGUCUGCACAGAGUCCAGCUCUGUCACCCCUGCCCACUGUAAAUGAUCCUGGAGAGUUGGGGUGAGGGGGCGGCCAAGGAGAAGGGCUGGCCUCUGGCAGCCCCACAACCUGAGGCCUUCCCCCCAGGCCCCUGGCCAGAGCCACCAUGGCCAUGUCAUUAGGGAGAGCAGCCACUAGGUGGUAGCCUUGUGCUGCCUGGCCUCUGCCCCACUAGCCUGCUGUGCCCUGGCGUAGCCUGGGCUCAGCCACUUGUACAGGUGGGGAAAUAGAUCCAUCUGGAAGCCUUGUUUUUCAUGCCUACUCCUGAGCCUCACCUUGUUCCCAUGUCCACUGUGGGAUGGGCCAAGCCUGCUGCCCAUUUGGGAUUCAUCAGCCUCCUGGGCCUGUCCUGCUCAGCCCCACUGACCCUCCUCACUAGAGCUGAGCCUGGGUCCCUGCCUGCUGCCAUCUCUGCCAGUCAGUUCAUCACUCCUCUCUCCAUCUCUGGUCCUUUGAGCUGAUCCCCAGUUGGCUUCCUUGGGCAUCUCUAUCUACGCCUCCUAACUCUCUUCACAUUUCUAUUUCCCUUUCCCCUCCACCCUCAGGAAGUUUUUUCUCCAUGACUGCUUCCUGCCCACCCCCACCACCAUUCUUUGGGAGGGUCCUAUACUGAGGGACCAGUAGAUCCUCCAGGGAAGGUUGAAGACAUUAGGCUAGAGUCCCCUGGAGGCCCCAGAUGUCACACCCCCUGCUUUUUGGGCUCUGGCUCUUCCCUCCCUAUCUGUCCCCACCCCUCUCCACACAUCUCUGUCUUUCUCCACUUCUAAGCCCCUGCCUGCCUCCCUGUUUGUGUCUCUAUAUCUGCAUAGCCUCCCACUUGGUCUCCUUUCGUUUCAGUCUGUCUCUGCUCUCUAGCUCUCUCCCUGUCUGAACCACUGGGACACGCUUUUUUUUUUUUAAAUAAAUUUUUUUUUAGAUUUUUAUUUAUCUUUAGAAGGGAAGGGAAGGAGAGAGGGAGAGAAACAUCAAUAUAUGGUUGCUUCUCGUGCAUCCCCUGCUGGGAACCAGCCUGCAACCCAGGCAUGUGCCCUGACUGGGAACCGAACCACAAUUGUUUGGUUCACAGGCCCAUGCUCAAUCCACUGAGCUACACCAGCCAGGGCUGGGACAUGCUUUUAACAGGUACACAGAAACCAUGUGGGUUCCCCCACUCUGUGAUCUGUGCCCCUCUCCCACAGCUCUGAGAAAUUUCUUGAGCUUCAAAAGGCACAUUAAUUACUCUGAUGAGGUCAGGAGAGACCCCACGCCUGCCAUCCGGAGCCGAGAACACACUAUAUGCCCUCCAGCCUGGCUGCCUCCUGCCCACCCUGUGGGGCGGGGUGGGGUGCCCCUUGCUUCCAGGCCCCGGCACCUGUCAGUGCCUGCCAGCCGCACUGCACACCCCCUGCAUUAGUUAGUGUAGAGUAAUUGGCAGCCCCUCCAAGGUUAAUGCAAUAUUAGCAGGAAGUUCUCAGUGGCUAAAAGCUGAAAGAGGGUCCUGUCAGCACAAGAUGAAAGGCCCAGGUCUGGUGGCUUGAGGGCCCGUGUGUGUGCAUACAUUUGAGCAUGGAGGGGCUUCUAGCAUUCUUCCACCUCUCACACUCACAGGGACACGUAGCGUGUGCCAUGGACUAUCACACAUGACACACAUGCUGACAUACCACCUCUAACAGACCCCAAGCCGGAGCCAGACUGGGAUGUGCAGUGCAUGGCCUGGCCCCCUUGAGGCCCCUCUCAGUACCUCCACCACCUUCCCCCACACAUGUCCACUGAAUAUGCAGCAAACCUGUCCCCUCAGCCGUGGGUAGGUUGGAGUGUCCAGCUCCUGGUUGACCACUAAAUGGCUUCUCCAUCUUGGGAAUGUGGACAAGUGGGAGCUGGAUACUUCAGGCUCAUUAAAGGGGUGGCUUGUGGCCGGCUGUCUCAGGCCAGUGCCUGGUGGUAGUUAAUUUGUCUUCCAGGAGGUGGGGGUUCUGCUGGCUCUGAUGUGUGCUCCCUAGGAUAUGGCCCCUGCAUCCAGUAGGGCCACAUCCCUCUCACCUGGUCUUAGCAAGUGAUGCUGCUGUGCCCUCCUGGGGUUCCCAGGACAGAAGUCCUCUCUGAUCCCCCAUCCUCUCAGGUGGCUCGUCUCAUCCUUCCUGGAGGAGUCUGAGCUGCCAUACAACCCCCCCCCACACACACACACCAAUGAUGUCCUGUCUCAGGCAGGUGUGGCUGUGCAGGUGCACCUGGAGCUGUGCUACCCAGCAUAGCAGUCACAUGUGAUUGUUUACAUUUACACUCAGAGUGAAAUUAAAAGUCCUACUCCUGGUUGCACUGGCCACAUUCCAUGUGUGCAGUAGCCACCUGGAGCUUGGGACACGUAUGUGACAGCAAAGAUCUGGAAUGUUUUGGUCCUCCAGAGAAGUCUAGCCCCAAACUGGCAGGUGGUGUCUAUGGAGGACUGCUCUCUGUCCAGGCCUGGGGCUGGGAGGGUCAGAAGGAAAGAGGGAGGGUAAGGGGGAGAAGGAAACUAGCAGGGAUAUGGGGCCCAUUCAGUUUCUAGACUUUGCAAUUGCAGGAAUCUUAGGUUUGGGCUGUUUCAAGGGCCUGGGUGGACACAAGGGUGGGAAGUUUCAUUUAUCAGCAAGACAAAGGGAUACAGUUUAUCCUCAGUGACAGAAACCAACAGCCCCCCAACCUCAAGGAACUCUUGACCUCUCCACCCCAGGUGCUCAGCCUGCUGAGGCCCCGCCACCCUUCUCUGUCAGAAACCUGCCUGGCUGAGCUGGGCACCUAAAGACCAGUGGAGCCAGAGUACGCUGUGGAUUUAAUACAAUGUAUUCUGUAAUGAGAAGUUUAUUCCCACAUAGUUUUAGUCUGCAUGGUGCUGUGGCCUUUGGAGGCCAAGGGUGCUGGACACUGAUCCCCACCCUGGGGACCUAUCCUGUGUAUUGGAUGGCAGGUGAUGGAUUGUGGCUGCUGGGUAGCAGGUCAACUGUCAGUGUGUGCUGGACUGGGGUAAGUGGGUGGCUGGUACUGGGUGUUGAGCCAGGGGUGCCGAGCACAGGCUAGGGACCAGAUCUGGGACUGGCUGGGUCAAGGUCCUUCCUGAGUCUAGGGCACACCCUUGAGCCCAAGAGUGUAGACCUAGGUGGAUGGGGAUAGACUCUCAUCAGAAAUCCUGUCCUGAGCCUGGGGCUGAUAGAGGACCCUGGAUGACCCCUGACCCUGACUGAGCAUUAAACCCAAGACUUAAACCCUGUCCCCAGAAUGAUCCUGAGGUCCAUCUCUUGAGUCCAGAGGAAGCUUACUCCAGAAUGAUCCCUGCUCCCAGCUGAUGCCCUGUCUGCUGAGGCUGGAGGCUUUGACAGCCCCCAACCCUGGGAGGGGACAGGUGCCCAUAGCUUGCCCUGGCUGGGCAGGGGUCCCCAUGAGCAUCUGGUCAGGUAUUCCUGUGCCUCCACCCCUCCCUCCUGUGCCGUGCCUGAGGUCCAGGCCUCACAGCUGCCCAGCGCUGCCUCCACCCCCAGGCGCUCCCAGGUGAAGAGAUCGAGUGGGGGACACAUGCUUUUGUUCCUGUCCGUGCUCUAGCUCUGACCUUGAGAGAGACAAGAACAGAAGGAAAACGGAGCUUCAGCUGAAAUCCACUCAGCGGCAGUGGUAGCUCUCGCAGAGGUGGCUUGCGCUUUGCCUUGGUGGUCCCUGCAUGCCGAUGAGCCAGCACAAGGCGGGCCUUUUUGGAGUAGGUCCUCUCUGCCCCGGUGCCCUGCCCACUUUCCUGCACAAGUCCAAUCCCACUGGGUUUGACAGGAAGCCCCGCUGCAUCUGCGAGAUUCAAUAAAGUAGAAGGGUUCUCUUCCAACAGCAUAGGAGGCUUCUGGAGGGGUCCCCUUUGCCAAGCAGGUUAGUGGGCUGGGCCAGGCACUUCCUGUGCUUGGGUUCAGCCACCACAUCCCUGCUUAGGAAGUAGCUGUCUCUCUGCCCCCCGAAGAGCCAGCUAACUAGCUGGGUGGUUAGCCCAGGGGUGUCCAGAGAGUUUGUCUGAAGGCCCUGCCAGGUGCACUGGGCCAGUUCGGGGCCUCCAGGCUUUCCCCAGCCACUACUUGUAGGCAAGUUCCUGCCUCCUCAGAGUCAUUGGGCCAGCCUUGGGAUGGGCAACUGCAGUUGGGUCAGAGGACAGGACCCACAAGCCAGAACAGACUGAGCUGAUUUCCCUAGAGGUCAGAGGACUGAGAAACUUAUCCUGUGGGGAGGAGGGGCAUAGGGUGGGACAGGCCUUGAAGGAGGAACAGAAUUUUAAUGAGAAGGGGAGGGGAGGGACUCCAGGUACAGCAAGCCAAGGUGGGAAGUGGAGUUAUAGAGAAGCUCAAGGGCCACGUGACGUACCCACAACAUAACAGAGGUGUGUGUCUGGGGUGGGUCUUGGCCAAAGAUUAGUUUGCCCAUUUCUGGCCUCUCACGGACCUUAGCAGGAGCUUCAACUAUCCAUCACUUGGGAAACUUCCAGUGCAAGUGCUCUGGACUCUGGACCCUGCAGCGGACCUUAGCCAGGGAAGCAAGCCCAGCAAAAUGGAACCUGGCUGGGCACCAUCAGUAUUUUCCAGCUAGUACUCAGUGACAGCUUACCUCCAUGAGCUCAGUCUCAUCAGGGGGCUGUGGUGUAAAUGAAGACAACUAGAAGUCAGCCCUGCAGGAAUGCUCACUCUGAGCCCACUCCAGGCCCUCUGCCUGAACGCCCUUCCUAUUCUCCCCUUGCCAGACUUCCCCUAUGUGUUGACUUACUUGCUGAAGGUAUCAAGGUGGGGACUACUGUUCCAUUUCCCAGAUGAGAAGAUGGAGGUCAGGAGGGAUGUGACUGUCCUGGGGGCUCCCAGGGGAGCUGUAGUGGACUUUAGUCAGCCCAACUUACAAGUCUCCACCAGGUGGGACCGGAGAGGCCAAGUUGGCUUGGCACAGUUUAGGAUUUGGGAUCGGGGCAUUGAGUUAGCUCAGUCUGGUUCAUUUGGGUUUAAAUGCCCAGGUGCGAUGGGGGUGAGUCAUCUAUAACUCCUGCUCCUGGAACUGCCAGGCUCUGCAGAGGGGCUUGGUGGCCUGAAUGGAGGGGACAGAGAGGAACUCGGAACCUCGGUCAGGGCCACGUGAUAAUGAUGGGAUGGCAGGGGCAGGACCCUUGGGGUCUAGGCAGCCCGACGUGGACCGGACCGGACGCUUUAGCUGGGGCAGGGGGCGCGGUUGAAGCAGCAGCCCCCGCCCACCCCCGCUUGGCCGGGGCACGGCAGGAGGGGGCGCCCGCGGCCCUCCCGGCGCUUGGGAGGGACAAAGGCCGGAGCCCCGGCCCCUCUUCAGUGGGUGCGGUGGCGGCCCGCGCUCCCAGAGUCCCUGCGGCUGGGCCGGCGCCCGGGGCGACCCCGGCGCCCAGCCCAUCGCCGCCUGACUUUUCGGCGCCGGAGGUCGCGCGCCCAGGAGGGGGCGGCCGGGGAUCUCCAAGCGUAGGAGCUCCCUCCUCCCGCCCGCCCUGCUCCCGCCUGCUCAGUGGUGGUGGUGGCGGCGGCGGCGGUGGUGGCGGAGGAGGAGGUGGAGACGGCUGGCAGGCGGUGGCCAGGCGAGCGCGGCGGCCGGACCCGGGCCAUGGCGCCCGCGCAGCGCCCACUGCUGCCAGUGCUACUGCUGCUGCUUCUGCCACCGCCGUCGCCACCCUUAGCGCGCGCGGAGGACGCCACCCGAGCCAACUCGGACCGCUACGCUGUCUACUGGAACCGCAGCAACCCCAGGUUUCACGCGGAUGCAGCGGAUGACAGUGGGGGUUACACGGUGGAGGUGAGCAUCAACGACUACCUGGACAUCUAUUGCCCACACUACGGGGCGCCACUGCCGCCGGUCGAGCGCAUGGAGCACUACGUGCUGUACAUGGUCAAUGGCGAGGGCCACGCCUCCUGUGACCACCGGCAGCGCGGCUUCAAGCGCUGGGAAUGCAACCAGCCCGCCGCGCCCGGGGGACCGCUCAAGUUCUCCGAGAAAUUCCAGCUCUUCACACCUUUCUCGCUGGGCUUUGAGUUCCGCCCGGGCCACGAAUACUACUACAUCUCUGCCACACCUCCCCACGCCGUGGACACACCCUGCCUGCGGCUGAAGGUUUAUGUGCGGCCAACCAAUGAGACCCUGUACGAGGCCCCUGAGCCCAUCUUCACCAGCAAUAAUUCGUGCAGUAACCUGGGCAGCUGCCAGCUCUUCCUCAGCACUGUCCCAGUGCUCUGGACACUCUUGGGCUCCUAGUCCUGGCCUGCAAGACACCAGCCCCACCUGGACGACCGCAUCCAAGACCAAAUAGAGACACCUGGCUCUCCCACAACUGGUGCUGCCCCCAUCUGCAGAGGCCUGUUUGCUGGCCCCAGGACUGACCCCAGGGUCAGGGGGCGCCAACGCCUCAGACACCCGAAAGGCCGUAUGUGAGCUCAGCUCCCGGCCAGGCCGUCUCAUCAGGGGCCUGGAGAACCUGAGAAAUUGUCAGUGAUGUUGGGGGGUUUUGUUUAUUUUUUCAUGGUUAGCUAAGAAAGACUGGAGUUUUUAAUUUAAUUUAUUCCUUGCUAUUGCCAGUGACUUUGGGAAGGAAACAGAAUGGAUGAGGUGAAGGUCCUUGGCCCCCUGGGGGAAGGGGAUCCCUAGUCUGGUUACUCCGUUUGUUGGGUCCUGGCUGAAGGCCACCACAGAACCCACAGUUACCCCAGGACAGGCCAGUACGAGGCAGAGGGGCAAGGCGAGACCCCUGGACUCUGAGCCCACCUCAGACUCCUGUCCCCCUAGUCCCAACCCCACCCUCCCUCGUACCUGGCAGUCAUCACCCGGAGUGGAAACCCACGCUGUUACAUCAGAGGCCACUGCGCUGCCCUGGCCCCUUGGACUCGCAGUUCUCCCCGCUGUCCUGCAGCCUCUCCCAGUCGUCCCUGCGUCCGAGAGGAUGUUACAUUUCUGUAAAUAGAGCCAGCAAGUAUAUACUGUGAUUUAUUUUUACUGUAUUCUUGAGGAUGAACUGGACAGGUUGUUUUUUUUGGUCACACCUUCAUGGGGGUUUUUAUUUUCGUGGGGGUGGGGUGGACUUUUUAGAAUAGAAGCUGCACUUUGCAAUAAGCUUGUUCAUCUGUCAGAGCCCCCUCCUCUACUCUAUGACUAGUAAUGUUUAUAAGAAAAAAGAAAACAGGACAAAAUGAAAUGGGGGGUGGGAGCGCCACCAAAAAAAGGAAGUGGCCUCCCGAAGACACUUUGAUGAAGCAAAUGGCACAUUUAUACAGAUUUCAUAUUUCUACCCUCCUUUCCUGAUCUGUGUUUUAUAUAUAUUAUAUAUAAAUAUAUAUGGUGCACAGCUGCCAGGAGACCACCAGGCAUGCCAGCUGGGGGGGCUUUUGUAGGGGUUGGCAUGGGCGGUGGUGUCGCCAUGCCUGGAGCUAGUGAUGGCACCUCCCCCUUCCCGUCACAAUCAAUGUUGGAUUCUGUAUUUUUUAUAAUAAAAUGAGCAUAAACUUG